UUGCCGGCAUUAGAAUAUUUGAGUGUGUCGCAUCAUGAAAUGUACCUCGGCGUUCUAAGCUGUUCAUCUGUAUAGGUUUGAUCCAAGAUACUGCAACCGUCUUGAAAGAAGUAGAAGCAGUAAUAAAACAAGGGAGAAUUUUCACUCUUCUCAGUUUCAUGUGCAGCGAAAUAUUCUUCUUUGAACCGACAAUGCAAGUAACCAGCACUUAUAGGAAAAAUCUCUUAUCAAGGGGGACACUUUUGCUCCUUCAUGCUUGUAACAAAACACAUACACAAAGCUGAUUCCUCGAUCAACAACACCAUAAAUGACUUGAAUUUAGCAACAUGAAGCUAUCAAUCUCUUCAAUUUUUUCCCUGUUUCUUUUAAGUUUACUGGCAUCUACAUCGGCGCAACCACCAUCUUCAAAGCAAAGCAGUUUUCUCCAAUGCCUCUCAUAUCAUUCUAAGUCUUCUAUUCCAUUUUCUAGUACCUUUUUCACUCCAGAUAGUUCCGUAUUCACUACCAUCCUAAAUUCAACUGCACAAAACCUCAGGUACUUGAUCCCUUCAAAGCCAAAGCCAGAGUUCAUUUUCACACCAACACAUGAAUCCCAUGUUCAAAAUGCUGUGAUUUGUUCAAAACAGCUUGGGAUACAUCUCCGGGUCCGAAGUGGAGGGCAUGACUAUGAAGGUCUCUCAUAUGUGUCCCAAAUUGAAACACCUUUCAUGAUUCUAGAACUUGCGGAGCUUCGAUCAGUUAAUGUUGAUAUACAAACCAAUAGAGCAUGGAUUCAAGCUGGAGCCACACUUGGUGAAGUUUACUAUAGAAUUGCAGAGAAAAGCAGAACUCACGGCUUUCCGGCUGGUCUUUACACGAGCGUAGGUGUCGGAGGCCAUAUAACUGGAGGUGCAUAUUGUACUUUGAUGAGGAAGUAUGGCCUUGCAGCUGAUAACGUCCUGGAUGCCAGAAUAGUUGAUGUCAACGGCAAAAUUCUUGACCGAAAAACCAUGGGAGAAGACUUGUUUUGGGCAAUCAGAGGAGGAGGAGGAGCAAGCUUUGGGAUCAUCCUUUGGUGGAAGAUUAAGUUGGUUCCAGUUCCAUCAACUGUGACAGUUUUUUCAGUUUCCAAGACCUUGGAACAAGGUGCCACCCAGGUCCUCCAUAGAUGGCAACAAGUAGCUGCUACUAAGCUUGAUAAAGAUCUCAACAUAAGAGUUCUGAUACAACCUACAGUAGUUGAUAGCAGAAGUGGCAAGAGAACUGUCACAACUCUUUACCAAGGUCAAUUCCUGGGUGGUGUUAAAAGGCUCCUCAAGGUUAUGCAAACACAGUUCCCCGAGCUAAAAUUGACAAGAAAAGAUUGUACGCAAACAAGUUGGCUCAAAUCUGUGAUGUACAUAGCAGGUUAUGCAGAUGAAACUCCGCCUGAGAUUUUGCUACAAAGAAACUCUACAUUCAAGAUCUACUUCAAAGCCAAAUCAGACUUCGUCACAGACCCGAUUCCUGAAACUGUGCUUGAGGGACUAUGGAAAAGGAUGUUAAAGGAAACCAGACCUGUGAUUAUUUGGAAUCCAUAUGGGGGUGUGAUGAGGGAAAUUUCAGAGUCAGCAAUACCCUUCCCACACAGGAACGUUCUCUUCAAAAUUCAGUACUUGACUGCAUGGCUAGAUGCAAAUGAAGACGAGGCAAAGCACAUGAAUUGGAUCAGGAAUCUCUACAACUACAUGGCCCCUUAUGUUACGAAGUCUCCAAGGCAAGCAUAUGUGAAUUACAGGGAUCUUGACCUGGGGAUAAACGAGAAGAACACUAGCAUUACUAAAGCAAGUGUUUGGGGUAAAAGGUAUUUCAAGGACAACUUUUACAGAUUGAUAGAGAUCAAAAACAGAGUUGAUCCUCAUAAUUUUUUCAGGCACGAACAGAGCAUCCCACCUCUUUAAGCUCACUCAAGCAGAACCUUGAUUAAAUAGUUAUGAAGGUGUAACAACAGUCAGCUGAGACUGUUGAGGCGUUAUUUUUUUUUUUGAAUGAAAAUGAUUCAAUUAUAAUAGGAAUAACAUAUGCAUGUAGACAGUGUCCUGUGAUAUCGUGAAUUCUAGAUCAAAUGUACCA